CUGGACCUGGGCCCCCUCCCCCUCCCGCACCUGUGGGAGGGAUUCAGAGAUCCAGAGUGACUCGACGUUCCACACUCCGGAAGUUUAAUUGGGAAGCCCUUCCUCAGAACCGUGUAGUUGGGAAACAGAACAUCUGGACCGUUGAGAAAUGUCCGGAACAUUUUGCCAUUGACACCGAGAGAAUGGAGGAGCUGUUUGGCCGUAGGGAUGACCAGAAAACGCUGAGUGUACGGAGGAGCUUCCAAGCAAACUCCCCCCAGAGAAACGGAGUGGAACAGGUCUCCAUCUUGGAUGCCAAGAAGAGUAUGAACCUUAGUAUAUUCCUGAAACAAUUCAAAAGAUAUCACAGAGGAUCCCGAAUAUCCAACUCCUGGGAAGGUGAAGAACCAAAGGCCUUGGACCAUCUCACAGCCAAUGAGCAAAGGGAGGGAAAGACUGGACUCCUGGGAAAGAGCUUCAGACAAAUCCGAUUUCAAAAGACCCGUGGAGAGUAUUCUGGAUGAUAUUCGGAAUGGAGAAGGAGCUUCGUACGGAGCUGAGAAACUAACAGAACUCCAUAAGCUGCUGCCUGAGAAGGAGGAG